AUGUCCCAAUCCGACCAACCUACAGGCAAAGACAAUGCCGCAAAGGAGCCUGCGCCCCCUGUCGAGGCCCAGGUCGAGCCUCAAGCUGAGGGCAAUGAUGUUGAUCAGGGCCUGGAAGGUAACCAAGACCAUCCUCUACCUUGGGUUCGGGACACUGACGCAGUACAAAUAGCCUUGAUUACUCUUACUAUCAAGCUUCCUCACGAGCCCGGUCAAAUGCAGAUCACGGUCUCGCCUCAAGAACAGGUCCACGAAGUUCGACAAUCCAUCAUCGACCUGCCCGUGGCGUUCCAGUACACUUGCUUCCACUUGGAGCACCAUGGCCAGCGCAUCAACGACUUCCUUCCCAUUUCCGAAAUCCAAGGUCUGACGGAGGACCCCGAGGUUAAGCUGGUUGAAGACCCUUACACCGAGAAGGAGGCGCGCAUACACCUUGUCAGGAUUAGGGAGCUCAUUGGCGCUGCGGGAGACCGUACCGAUGCAGUUCAGGGCAUCCUCCCUGGUUUGUCCCUCCUUGACACUGUCGCGCCACCGCUGGAAGAGCAGGCCAACGGAGCGCAGCCUCAGGUUGCCAGUGAAGUAAAGGAGGACUACACCUUCGACGCUCCUGUUCCCGUCUCGACCCUGCUGCCUCCCGUUGAGGAGGACGAGGCCCCUAAGACGAUUAAGUCCAUUUCCCUCUCUGCCUGGAACCCGCCACCUGUCCACCUUAAGCAAAGGGGGCACCUUCUGUAUCUCGUGGUUACGACCAAUGAGGGCGAGCAGCACCAGAUCACCGCUCAUGUUGGAGGUUUCUUCGUCAACAAGUCGUCCAACUCGAAGUUUGACCCCUUCCCUCGCCCAACCCCUAAAGGUGCUUCGGCUCACUCCCUGCUCGGCCUCCUCGAGCUGCUCUCGCCCUCCUUCUCGUCAUCUUUCCUCGAACUGCAAGAGUACAACAACCGCAAGGAUCCUCUUGCGACAUUCCAAAUUACAAACGCGAUACCUGCCGCACCAUGGAUUGUGCCGUCUUCAUCUUCCCCUCUAUGCACCCAUAGCCCCGAUGCGACACGGUCCCAGGAGACGUACCUUAUUGCUGGUGCCGAUAACACAGACACUCUGCGAGACUGGAACGAGGAGUUUCAAUCGGCGAGGGAGCUUCCUAAGGACACGGUUCAGGACCGUGUUUUCCGGGAGCGUCUCAUGUCUAAGCUCUUUGCUGACUACAACGAUGCGGCCACUCGCGGUGCCGUGCUUGUUGCUCGCGGUGAGAUACCUCCAUUGAACCCUACGGAGUGUAAGGACGCCCAGAUCUUUGUGUACAACAACGUCUUCUUCUCUUUUGGCGCCGACGGUGUUGGUACCUUCACUUCCGAGGGAGGAGACGAGGCUGCUCGAGUUGCCACCGGUAAGGAUGUCGCUGGCGUCAGGUUGGUCAACCAGCUUGAUAUCGAUGGCCUCUUCACCCCUGCCACAGUCGUGGUCGACUACCUCGGCAAGCGCAUUGUUGGUCAGAGUAUUGUUCCAGGCAUUUUCAAGCAGAGGGAGCCUGGCGAAAAUCAGAUCGACUACGGUGCUGUCGACGGCAAGGAGGUGGUGGCUUCAGAUGAGCGGUUUGCUUCUGUUUUCGCAAAGCUGUCGCAGGCUUUGAAGGUCAAGAAGCAUGCUGUCUGGGAUAAGGAUGGCAAGCGCAUUGACCUGGAGGCCAGUGUCGAGACAAAAGGUCUGAUGGGAACCGAUGCUAGGAAAUAUGUCCUCGACUUGUACCGCGUAACGCCCUUGGAUAUUGACUGGCUGGAGGAGGAAGGCGAGGCCGAAUAUCCCCACCGAAUGGCUGUCCUCCGCCCUGAGCUGAUCGAUUCGUACGGAAGAAAGAAGAUGAAGGCUUGGGUUGACGAGGAGUUGGCUCGGCGUGGUCAGACCGCAAAGGAUGCAACCAAAGAGGAAACACCGGCUGAGCCCAAGAAGUCUAAGCAAGUUUCGGCGAAGGACGACGAGAGCGACGACAGUGACGAUAGUGAUGACAGCGACGACAGCGAGAGCGAGAGCGAAAGUGAGAGUGAGGACGAGGCUGAACCCGACAGGAAGUCUGUCCAGGCAGAUACAUCUGGGGAACUGAAGGACACGGAGGCGUCGAAAGAACCCAAGGAGUCCAAGGACCACAUCGACCUCUCCAAGUUUUCGUUCUCCCUCAACCCCGACGUCUUCAGCGGGCAGAAUCCCCAGACUGACGCUGAGAAGGCCGAGAUGAAGCAAGAUGAAGAAGAUGUCCGCCUUGCGUCUAAGUACCUUCGUGAGCAGGUCAUUCCUGACCUGGUUCGCGAGCUCACCGACUGCGACAUUAGCUUCCCCAUGGAUGGGCAGUCCCUCGGCCGCCUCCUGCACAAGAGAGGCAUCAACAUUAGAUACACUGGUAAGGUGGCAACGCUGGCUGAAGAUCCUCGCCUGAAGUGCCUGAAGGACAUUUGUGUCCAAGACAUGGUUGCCCGGUCUUUCAAGCACGUUGCUGCCAACUACCUCCGUCACCUGCCGGUACCUUUCAGUUCGUCGUGCAUCUCCCAUCUUCUCAACUGCCUGUUGGGCUACCAGCUGAACCCUAAGCCCGCUGCGGAGAUCGACUCCGACUUGAAGUCGCUGUAUUCUGAUGCAGAGCUAUCAUUCCAGCAGGUGACUCCCGAAUCUCUUCGAGCCAGCAUCGCGGACGAGGCCCUCAGGCGAUUCAGAUACAAACUGGACUCGGAAUGGCAUACCAAUGUCAAGCCUUUACAACUACUUCGCGAGAUUUCGUUGAAGCUCGGUUUCCAGUUGCAGGCUAAGGAGUACAACUUCACCGACAAGCCUGUUGUGCAGGCAACCCCUGCUGCUGCUCCUGUCACCAAUGGCACGCCCGCGACCAAUGGACAGACCAACGGAGAAGGAAGCAAAAAGAAAAAGAACAAGAAAGUUUCAGCAAAGGACGCAUCUCUGGUAUCCUCAACACCACCGCCUCCGGCAACCACCUUCACUCCGGACGAUAUCGUCAACGUCGUGCCCAUUGUGAAGCACUCCUGCCCCCGUAGUGCUCUCGCUGAAGAGGCCUUGGAAGCCGGCCGCAUCUCUAUUAUGCAGAACCAGCGCAAGCUUGGUCAGGAGCUUCUCCUUGAGUCGUUGUCUCUACACGAGCAGAUUUACGGAAUCCUUCACCCCGAGGUUGCGCGUGUGUAUAAUACACUAUCUAUGCUGUAUUACCAGCUAGAUGAGAAGGAAGCCGCCGUGGAACUUGCCAGAAAGGCCAUUGUUGUGUCAGAGAGGACCGUCGGUGUUGACUCUGCCGAGACUCUGCUCAACUAUCUCAACCUGAGUUUGUUUCUUCAUCAGGCCGGUGACAGCACCGGUGCCCUGACUUUUGCCAAGCACGCGUUGAAACUGUGGAAGAUCAUCUACGGCGCGGACCACCCCGACUCCAUCACCACCAUCAACAACGGUGCCGUGAUGCUCCAACACCUAAAGGCCUACCACGAGUCCCGCCUGUGGUUCGAGGAGUCUCUUCGCAUCUGCGAGACCGUCUUCGGCAAGAACUCCAUCAACGCCGCUACCCUCCUCUUCCAGCUCGCACAGGCCCUGGCCUUGGACCAGGACUCCAAGGGCGCUGUCAACCGCAUGCGUGAAUCGUACAACAUCUUCCUUGGUGAGCUCGGUCCUGAGGACAAGAACACCAAGGAGGCGGAGAGUUGGCUGGAGCAGCUGACGCAGAACGCCGUGUCCAUUGCCAAGCACGCAAAGGACGCGCAGGCAAGGCGUCUCCGCGCCGGCAUUCGCUUCACGCCCAAGGGCGUGCCCUACCAGGCCUCCUCUACGGCCCCGAGCGUGUCGAGCGGACCAGCUAAUGUCAGCCCGCAGCUGGGCGGGUCGUCGCAGAUGGACUCACGUAGCAUCGAUGAACUGAUCAAGUUUAUUGAGGGCACCGACCAACAAAGCAAGACCAAGGGAAGGCCGAGUAGGGGUAACCCCAAACGGAGGGGCAAGUCUUCCAAGUAA